AUGUCUAUUUAUCGCGCCUUUUCAGUUCCUUCAUUUACGAGUCUAGCGAUUCCUGCCGUAUCAAUCUUGAUUAUAUUCCUUGCUUACACGCCGCAAUAUUUAUUCUUCUACAUAGAGCCAGGUCCGCUAAGUACUAGCGAGGCAGUCCUGUUCAAUCUUCUGGUGCUAGGUGUCUGGUGGUGCUAUGGGCGAGCCUGUACAGUGUCUGCCGCGCCUCGAGGCUGGGUGCGACAUGCGCUUGCCCAGACCGACGCCCCGGACGCAUUGCUAGCCCGGCGCUGGUGCAAGCUGUGCCAGAACAUCAAGCCGCCGCGAGCGCAUCAUUGUCGGAGCUGUGGCACCUGUAUUCCCAAAAUGGACCACCACUGUCCUUGGACCGGCAACUGUGUCUCACACACGACGCAGCCGCACUUUGUGCGCUUCCUCGCCUACGCUGUUGGCGCCCUCGUACACCUCGCCUCCCUCCUCAGUGUACGAGUUGCACUACUCUGGCGCCAGCGUCGCGAACCGGCAUACCUCGGCCCAACUCCGGACCGGCUCGCGCUGCUCUGGCUACUACUUCUCACAACCGGCCUCACGCUUAGCCUGCUCGUACUUUUGCUGGCACGAGUCGUAUAUGGCCUCCUAACCAACACUACUAUGAUUGAGAGCGGCGAGAUCGACCGCCACGCUGUCCUUGUGGCGCGCUCCCAUCGCAGCCACGGCUACGUUUACGCGCCUGGCGGUCAUCGUCUCCGCAUCGAGCCCCUUGAAUUCCCUUACGACAUUGGCUUCUGGCCUAACCUAUGUCAAGCCAUGGGCACAGCCAAUGUGCUGCUGUGGUGGACUCCCUGGGCUAGCACGCCGUCAGCCGAUACUGCUGUUCACUGGCCAAUUAAUGGCUUUAACGAUCCUGGCUCGGCCUGGCCGCCUCCAGAUCCCGAUAAGUUUUCGGCAUAUAGCCCUGUUACAUUCGGCCACGAUUCUAUACGUGAUCAAAGUCCCUCUGCAUUCAAGCUACGUCAGGAAGCGGAUCUCCGUCGCCGUCAGCUUCGUGUGCCUGUUCAUACAAACUUACCCAGCGCUGAUACUAAUGACACUGCUGAUACUAAAUUGUCUAGAGAUGGGACAUAA